GUAUAUAGAAGGACACAAGGAUCUGUACAAGGAGGCCAUGAUGGAGGAGCACCAGCCUCUUAUAUCACAAGAAAAUCCCAGUAAGAAAUGUGAAAACGUCAUGUUACCACUAGAUGAAGAUAUCAUGCAGCGCUCUUCAGGAGAAAACCUCAUUACCCUUAAUGUACAUCCAGGUCUUCACAGUACAGAUCUGUCAUAUAAUCCUUCUAAUUAUGAGGAACCUUCUCCGGACCAAUCACAGAUUGUUACCGCAAGUACAAGUCAGAAAAGGAUUAAAAGGUUUCAUGGUGGUAAAGAAUCCACAAACAGCUCAGGACUUUCUACACACCGAAGAAAUCACAAAGGAGAGAAAAUGUAUUCAUGUUCAGAAUGUAGGAAAUGUUUUAGACAAAAAUCUAAUCUUAUUACACAUGAGAGAAUUCACACAGGAGAGAAACCAUAUUCAUGUUCAGAAUGUGGGAAAUGUUAUACAGUGAAAUCAAAUCUUAUUAUACAUGAGAGAAGUCACACAGGAGAGAAGCCAUAUUCGUGUUCAGAAUGUGGGAAAUGUUUUACAGUGAAAUCAAUUCUAGUUAAACAUCAGAGAUAGAAGUCACACAGGAGAGAAGCCAUAUUCAUGUUCAGAAUGUGGGAAAUGUUUUACAGCUAAAUCAUAUCUUGUUUCACAUGAGAGAAAUC